UGAGUACGUGCGCGCCUGAUGAUCGCGUAGGGCGCGGGCGACGCGAAGGGGCGGGGAGUGCCGGCGACGAUGCGAGCGCAGCGCCGACGUAUUAAAAUUGUCAUUCGCGACGCCGAGCCGUCAACAUCAAUAUUUUCUUUAUCCGCGACGCCAAGCCGUCCAUAGUUUUAUAUAUUUUUAUAAUUUAAACUACAAUAUACAUCUAGAAAAAAUACAGUCCACUUUUAUUAACCAGCAUCGGGUACCAGUUUUCCCUAACCAUUACGGCACAGGGCACUGGCCCCAACAUAUGGUUCAUCGAGCCGCAUAAAAGAUCGAAACGGCUACGUCAAAGGUCGAGCGAAAGUCACCGCCUUGCAUUGUUCCUGUUCAAGUUGUUUCGCCGGAGUGAACAUUGCUGCACUCAUAGCUGACAUUCCCGGACAAGAAGCAAUUCAUUAGUCAGCAGGAAUACAUCAGAGUGAGCUGGAUGAGUUGUCGGAUAUGCCUGAGGACGAGGCAAGAGAGCGUGAGGCCUUCUAUUCCCAGUACUACUCUCUCGUGUCUGCCGGUCGUGCCUUGAUCCAGAGUCAUAGCAAGCUGUCGCCCCCUGCGCAGGACACUGUGUCACCGGUUUGCUCUGAAGUACAUUCACACAGACGUAAGCAGAAAACAAAGUGGAUGCAAUCGCAGGAGACGUUGAAGGAGGGUGCCUUGGUUGUGAUAAAGGACAAGUCCAGUCAACCAAUCAUGUGGUUGCUGGGGCGAAUUCUUCGAGUGCUUCCGGGUGAAGAUGGAGUUGCAAGGGUGGCAGACAUUCGCACCAGGAAGGGCGUAAUCAGACGGGCCUUCAAUAUGAUUUGUCCCCUGCCGACUGUAAAUAUUGAAGAAGACUCUUCAACGCGGGGAGUAUGUAUGAGUACGUGCGCGCCUGAUGAUCGCGUAGGGCGCGGGCGACGCGAAGGGGCGGGGAGUGCCGGCGACGAUGCGAGCGCAGCGCCGACGUAUUAAAAUUGUCAUUCGCGACGCCGAGCCGUCAACAUCAAUAUUUUCUUUAUCCGCGACGCCAAGCCGUCCAUAGUUUUAUAUAUUUUUAUAAUUUAAACUACAAUAUACAUCUAGAAAAAAUACAGUCCACUUUUAUUAACCAGCAUCGGGUACCAGUUUUCCCUAACCAUUAC